CACGUGGCUCUGCACUCACAUGACUUGCAGGAAUCAAUCCCGGUCACAUGCACAUCCUCCAUCAAAGGACGUUACGCACGCGCCAGGCCGACCAACCGCUCCGAAAGGUCAUUAUUAGUCUUGAGUUGCAUCAGCUCCGCAAAUUGUGUUCCUCACACUCCUGCUGCAUCUUCGCACUCGAUUUUCGUUCUGCAGAGUUGGGUCGCAGCCCGACUGUAUGCUAGCAAAGAGCAGCGACUCUGGAGUCGUCAUUAGAAUUGAAACUUCUCAAGAAUCCGCUUUGGCCAUUGGCGUCAAUCUCGACCUUCCAGCAAGUCUUUCGGAAAUAGCAGCGUUGGAAGCAAGUUGGCGCACACAAUGCCGCCCAAGAAAGAAUUACCGGCCAAGGAGCGAGGCCUUUUCAAACGGCUAAUCCAAGAGUACGAGACGAAGAAGUACAAGCUGGGUCUCAAGACAGCAGACACUAUUCUCAAAAAGUUUCCUGAAGCGGGUGAGACGCUAUGCAUGAAGGGACUCAUCUUGGCCACCAUGAAUCAAAGGGCGGAGGGAAUAGAGCUGGCGAGGAAGGGUGUCAGGCACGAUAUUGGAAGCUUCUUGGCCUGGCAUUGCCUGGGUAUUUUAUGUCGGAUGGAAAAGAAUUGGGAAGAGGCAGUUAAAUGCUAUGGUAUGGCUUUACGAAUUGAAGGGGGCAACAAUGUCAAUUUGCAAAGGGAAAUGUCGUACUUGCACAUGCAGCAACGCAAUUACCCUGCAUUGAUAGAUGUUCGACUCGCACUGCUCAAGCUGCAGCCUCACUUGCGACUCAGUUGGGUUGGAUUAGCCGUCGCUCAUCACUUGGCUGGCUCCCUGGACGAGGCUCUGAGGAUUAUCUCCGGCCUUACAGAUACUUUCCGGGAUACGCCGCCUCGGUCUUUUGAGCUUUCAGAAAUUCAUCUGUACCGUGCUCAGAUCCUGUUCGAGCUUGGGCGCCACGCAGAUGUCGUCACUUUUCUGCAAGGCCCGGCAAACAAGGCAGUGUAUGACAAGAAGGCGAGCAAACUACUCAUAGCACGGGCGUAUGCUGCGGAAGGCAGUAGCGACAAGGCAGCGGAGGAACUCGAGCAGCUUUUGAGGUGGAAUGCCGAAGAUUUGGGAGUGAUCAGAGAUUGGCUGAAGGCAAAGGGCGUCGAGACAGCUCCCUCGUCUUCAGAUGGGGUCGCGAAAGCAGCAACUGCACUGCGAGAAUUGAGCACCAAAUUCCCUAAAUCUGGCGCCGCGAAGCGUGUGGCCCUAGUAUACCUGCAGGGAGACGAUUUCAGAGAUCAAGCAGAGACAUACAUCUCCGCAGCCCUGCAGAAAGGAGUGCCAUCGAUUUUCGCUGAUAUAGUGGCGCUCUAUGUGGAUGACAAGAAGAGGAUAGCGGUCGAGGAAAUAGUAGAGAGGAGGCGUUUGGAAUGGGCUCCCGCGAAAGACGCAGGAGACCAACAAGAGCCCUCAGCAUACUUGUGGUCUCUUUACUUCCUGGCACAGCACUACAGCAAGACGGGCCACGUUGAGCGAGGUCUUGCAUACGUUGAUUCUGCUAUCGCGCACUCCCCGACAAUGCCUGAGCUGCACAUGAUGCGUGCUCGAGUCUUGAAGCGAGGAGGGUCACUACACAGCGCAGCAUCAGCAAUGGAAGACGCGCGCCUGCUGGAUGGUCAAGAUAGGUUCUUGAACUGUAAAGCUGCUAAAUACUUGCUACGCAUCGAUGACGUCAAAGGAGCGACGGAGGUUGUGUCGCUCUUCACCAAACCCGAUGCGCCUUCACCCACUUUUGACCUCAUAGAGAUGCAAGCGUUCUGGUACAUGGCAGAGGAAGCGGACGCGCACGCCAGGUCAGGAAAUCUUGCCCUUGCUCUGAAAAGACUGACGCAAAUAGACAGAACCUUCCAAGAGAUCUACGAUGAUCAGCUCGACUUCCAUUCGUACUGCAUGCGGAAGUUGACUUUGAGGUCAUACAUCGACAUGGUGCGAUUCGAGGAUCAGCUCCGAUCGCAUCCUGCCUAUUUCCGGGCAGCCCUGUCAGCGGUCAAGCUUCUAUGCCAGUUGCAUGACAAGCCUGACGGGGACUCCCGUGCGUCCGGCUCGAAUGGACACUUGACUGAGGAGCAGCGCAAAGACGCUAAGAAAGCCAAGAAAGCAGAACUCAAGGCAGCGGAGGACGCCAAGAAGGCCACCGCAAAGCCAAAAGACACGAAGAAGACAGACGAGGACGACGUACCUCCGCCACCUCCUGACGAAGACCCUGAUGGUGUCCAAUUGCUAGCCGACACUCGCAAAAAGCCACUCGAAGCUGCGAAAAUCUACCUGCUCACGCUUCAGGAGAGGGCCGAAAGGAGAGUUGAGACUUGGCUCGCGACCUUCGAAGUGGCUUUGAGGUCCAAUGACUGGCUUGUUGCAGCACGUGCGGUGUCACAUGCACAUAAGCUGCAAUCGAAUCAUCCUCAGCUGCACAAACAGAUCGUUCAGCUACGGCGGAAAGUGCCGGACCUGACCUCGGCUCCAGAGCCUGUCAAGGAAGCGAUCGGCGCAGUAUUCGCUUCUGUACUGCCGGACGAAGUCACGCUCGAAGCCUUUACGACGGCGUACCUCCAACGUGCCACGAGUGCAGCGCAGAAGCUCGGCGCUGCACAGGCGUUGCACGCUCUCGAUCGCACCGCUGAGGCGGUAACUUUGAUUCAGACACUCACGCACGCCGAGUCGAAGACGGAUCUAACGACCGCAUUAGCUGCUCGGGAGGAGCUUCGCUUACUGAAUGCGGACGUGAGCGCUAGAGAAGCAUUUGAUGCCGAGGCGAGGAAGAGAUUUCCGCAUGCCGAUAUGUUCAAAGCGCACGACACGCUCAAGAGCGAAGAGGCGGAGAGGCAAGCGCAGAGGAAAUUUUGGGAGCCGGCACAGCAGGAUGGUGAUGCGGAUCCGUCUGUGCCUGCGGGCCACGCACCGCCCACACAAAACUAAAUUUGACACGCAUACGUGGGGCAAUCACAUCGGAUUUGCACCGCAGCAAUGCGGUCUUUGAACAACGACACUUUGUGCCGAUGGUGUUGAAGCCUGAAUCGAGAAUGCGCAAAGGUGGUCGUCGCCAGGCACGACUGACCACUCAGAAUGCACCAAUAACGAAC